AUGGCUGUAGGUAAGAAUAAGAGAUUAUCCAAGGGUAAGAAAGGUGUAAAGAAGAAGAUCAUUGAUCCAUUCACCAAAAAAGAUUGGUAUGACAUCAAAGCACCUACCACAUUUGAGAAUAGAAAUGUCGGUAAAACUUUGAUCACGAGACCAACGGGUAGAAGGAGUGUCGCUGGUGGGUUGAAAGGCCGAGUUGUCGAUGUAUGUUUGGCUGACUUACAAGGAACAGAGGACCAUUCGUAUCGCAAGAUUAAGUUAAGAGUUGAUGAAGUUCAAGGUAAGAACUUAUUGACUAAUUUCCAUGGUAUGGAUUUCACUUCCGAUAAAAUGAGAUCUUUGGUUCGUAAAUGGCAAACGUUAAUUGAAGCCAAUGUCACUGUGAAAACCACUGAUGAUUACGUGUUGCGGGUUUUCGCAAUUGGAUUCACCAAAAGACAGGCAAAUCAAACAAAAAAGGCAACCUAUGCUCAAAGUUCCAAGAUUAGAGAAAUCAGAAAGAAGAUGGUUGAUGUUAUGAAAAAGGAAGUUUCCAAUGUGACAUUGGCACAAUUGACUUCAAAAUUGAUUCCUGAAGUUAUUGGGCGCGAAAUCGAAAAAUCAACACAAACAAUUUAUCCCUUGCAAAAUGUUCACAUUAGAAAAGUCAAAUUGUUGAAACAGCCCAAGUUCGACCUUGGUGCUUUGUUGGCUCUUCAUGGAGAAGGUGGUGGUGGUGGCGGCGGCGAAGACAAAGGAAAGAAGGUUAAUACUGGAUUUAAAGAUGUGGUUUUGGAAUCUGUUUAA